UAGAACAAAUCUAAAAGAGAAAUUUCAAAAACACCGUCGAGAGAAUAUUUUAUUUUUGCAAACUUCGUUGAGGACUCAUAAACAUACUACUACAUCGUACAAACGUAUCUAUCUUCGUAGUCUGAAAUUUCUUAUCGUACUCACCACGUCCUUAAUAACCCCGCAAUGGCGACGGCUCACCUGCACUCCCACGACGGAGGCGCCACCAACCAUUCCCACGAUGGCUUCUCGGUCGCCGAGCACGGGCACUCACACGAGAUCCUCGAUGGGCCUGGGAGUUUCCUCGGGCGAGAGAUGCCCAUCAUCGAGGGCCGUAAUUGGAACGAGAGAGCCUUUACCGUUGGAAUCGGAGGCCCCGUCGGCUCCGGCAAAACCGCCCUAAUGCUAGCCCUCUGCCUAGCCCUCCGCCAGCAAUACUCCAUCGCAGCCGUAACCAACGACAUCUUCACCCGCGAAGACGCCGAGUUCCUCACGCGGCACUCUGCCCUCCCCGCCCCUCGCAUCCGCGCCAUCGAAACCGGCGGCUGCCCCCACGCCGCCGUCCGCGAGGACGUAUCCGCGAACCUAGCCGCCCUCGAGGACCUGCACCGCGCCUUCGCCACCGACCUCCUGCUCAUCGAGUCCGGCGGCGACAACCUAGCCGCCAACUACAGCCGCGAGCUCGCCGACUUCAUCGUCUACGUCAUCGACGUCAGCGGCGGCGAUAAGAUCCCCCGGAAGGGCGGGCCGGGCAUCACCCAGAGCGACUUGUUGGUCGUGAACAAGACGGAUUUGGCCGAGGCCGUGGGCGCGGAUCUGGGCGUCAUGGAACGCGAUGCUAGGAAGAUGAGGGAGGGGGGGCCGACGGUGUUUGCGCAGGUGAAGAAGGGGGUUGGUGUGGACCAUAUUGUUAAUUUGAUUGUUAGUGCGUGGAAGGCUAGUGGUGCUGAGGAGGUGUGUAAGGCGAAGGGGGGGCCGAAGCCGACGGCUGGGUUGGAGACGUUGGUUUAGGUAGGUUAUGUUGAAUAUAAGGUAAUUAAAGAUUCACUAUUAGCCAUAUUAUGCUAUUUUAAGUGUGGCACUGAGACGGGUUGAACUUGAACGAGAAAUAUAUGUGUAACCAAAUAGGUAC